UUCCCGAAGGUAGAAACCGAAAUCUGUGCGCUCUGCUUUAAAUGCUCGGCUGCAGCUCGGCUCCAGCACAACAACAUCAGGAGACAUCCGAGUUCACCACACAGGGCAGUUAUCAUUUAUUGAAAAGAGAGAAGAAAAGAAAAAUCAAGAUGCUGAGCAGGAUUUUCUUCGCUUGUGUUUUUCUCGGUCUGUUCUGCGCAUGCUCCCCGCUGAGCUGCAGGUGGAUGGACCAUAAAUUCAGACAGUACAACGAAAACGCAUUAAAUCUUCUGGAUAUGAUGGCUAAUAACGGCACCAACAGCACCGAGGAUGGAGAGCAGACACAUGAGGCCUUCCCUUAUCAUCUGUACAGCCAGGCGUCCAAAGCAUCAGCUGAGGGUAAACUUUCCUUCACGGUUCACAUCCUGAGGGAGGUUUCUGCUCUGUUUGAGGAAGAUCACAGCUCUUCAUCGUGGCAGGAGAUCACAGUGGAGCACUUUCUCAACGUUGUCAACAAACAGGCGGAUGAACUUCACUCCUGCGUUAAAGGCCACGGCCACAUGAAGAAGAGGAACACCAAGCUUCACUUGUAUUUCAAGAGGCUGUCAAACGAAAUCCUGAAGCAAAUGGGCCACAGUGCUGAAUCCUGGGAGCUGAUCAGGAGGGAAAUCAAGGUCCACCUCAUCAGAGCGGACCGCCUGGUUUCUUCUCUGCUCACCUCCAACUGA